AUGGCUGACUCCAGCCCAUCCACAUCCGGCACGGCGACGCCCAUCAAGGACUCCACAAUGUCCUCGCAAGGCGUCCCGAUCACUGCCGUCACCAGUGCCCCACCACCUCCGACAGGACCCACCUCCGACCCCGAGAAGAAGGCCGGUGCCCCGCCCGCAUACUCGGCAUUCUCGCCGUGGCGGAGACGCUUCAUCCUCAUCGUUGUCACCGUUGCCGGCUGUUUCGGUCCCUUGGCCGGCAACAUCUACCUGCCGGCCCUACCUGUUCUGGAGCAGGAGUUUCACGCCAGCGCAACCGCCAUCAAUGUCACUGUGUCCGUCUUCAUGCUGACGUUCGCUGUCGGUCCGUUGUUCUGGGCGAGUUUCGCCGAUUGGAAGGGCAGAAGACCACUGUACAUCAUCUCCAUCUCCAUCUACAUCGUGGCCAACAUUCUCCUGGCCGUGGUUCCGGCCAACUACGGCGCUCUCGUCUUCUUGCGGAUCGUGCAGGCCUUUGGGUCCGCGGCUGUGGUGUCCAUGGGCGCGGGUACUGUUGCAGAUGUGACUCCGCCCAAGGAGAGAGCAUUUGCAAUGAGCAUCUUCCUGCUUGGCCCCCAGCUGGGACCGGUGUUGGGUCCUGUAAUAGGAGGAGCGUUGACAAUCGCCUCGUGGCGCUGGAUCUUUGGUUUCCUCGCCAUUGCCGGCUUUGUUCUCUGGGUUGUCAUCAUUCUGAUGCUGCCGGAGACUCUGCGUGCCAGGGUGGGGAGCGGCAAGCUCUAUGCCGAGUCCGGCUUCAUCCUCUUCCCGCCCAAGCUCUCCUCGUCCCUGGCCCCUGAGUCGGAAAGAGGCCCUCCCCCUCCCAAGCCAACUCUGCUCGGCUACUGGCGCCUCUUCAGCUACCCCCCCAUCGGCAUCGUGACCUUCAACACGGCCAUGCUCUACUCGACAUACUUCGCCAUCGCCGUCCAGCUACCCACCGAGCUCGCCACCCGCUACAACUGGUCCAGCGCGGGAGUAGGAGCCGGUUUCCUCGCCGUCGGCGUCGCCAUGAUCGUCGGCUCCAUGGCUGGGGGGCGAUUCUCCGACUGGCGUCGUGCCCGCGCCGUCAAGGCGUCCCCGGACAACCACGUCGACCCCGAGAACAGGCUCGCAGACCAAAUAUGGGGCGUCCUCGUUUGCGCCGGCGGAUGCGUCAUGUACGGGUGGUUCGUCGACGCCUCACUGCACCCCGCGGCCGUCCUCGUCGCCACGUUUCUGACCGGCUUCGGCAUGAACUGGGUGUUUGUGGCCACGACCGCCUUCCUGACCGAGUGUGUAGCCCAGCAGGCUGCUGGCGCCUUCGCGCUCGGCAACAUGCUCCGGAACCCCGGUGCCGCCAUCGCCGCCCUCGUUAUCCCGUCGCUCGUCACCAAGAUGGGCAGCGGGUGGUGCUUCACUGGGCUGGCGCUUUUGGACCUGGUCCUUGUGGGUUCAGCAGUCAUGGUGCUACGCAUCAAGUCUCCCGGAUGGAGAGCGGCUCGUAAGGCAAGAAUGGCAGCGAUGGCAGCCGCGAAGCCAGCGGGGCAGAAAUAA